AAAAGAAGGGACUCAAAACAAUGACGGACCGACAUGGUGGCAGCUGAAACAUGUAAAGUAUCUCUGAAAAACCGUGUAUUAAUGAAGCUGUAAUUCAGUUCAAUAGUAUUAUUUAUGCUUAUACUCUAUUGAGAAAUCCCGCCAGUAUUAUACAACAUUAGAAAGGUGUAGUUCGUUUAAGAAUUAAGCUACAGUUAUUUACCUGUUAUUACUUUACGAGCUACUGGAAGCAGGUAAGCUAUCAAACACAAUUUAACAUGUGGGGUGAAAUUGAAACUCCCGUUAAACCACAACCGAGUCUGAGUGAAAGCGAGGACACGAGCAAAAUACCAGAAGAACCGGUAACACAGUUCCAGAGAUAUGAGUAUCACCGGCCCACACAAACGGAGCCGCCGCCACAAGAGACUCCGUACACGAGCCAGGCGGAGACCAUUUGUGUUAACGCCAUGGUAGAAGCCAUUGCCUUGAGUGGCAGCCCGGUGAAGAGCCAACAGAUCGGAGAGGAUGAACUGACAGAAGAGCAGCGCAAAGAGGAGCUACUGCGUCAGUACAGAAGCAGACCAUUGGUUUUCCUGGAGAGGUAUCAUGCUUGUCUUAAACCCCAUGACCUGUCUGCAUUUGCUCACGUUUGCUCUGACCCACGAGCUCAACACUACAGCCAAGUGAUACAGAGAAGAGAUGCAGGAUCUAAGGACAGGAAGCAAGUCAGAAACCACCGCUUCGCUGCCCUCCGAGCCCUGCAGAAGGAGGGUCAAUAUUUCAGUGAAGAACAAAUGCGAAUGAGGGAGCCACUGCUGUAUGAACAGUAUAUUGGCCAGUACCUGACUGACGAAGAGGUCUUGGAGCGCUCCCAGGAAGCUAUGUCGGAUGGAGCUGAGGGGGGACCAGGGGCGCCAGCGGGAGGCCCUGGAGGGCUUGCCCACCUCCUCCUCAAUUCCUACCAGGAGCGUCUCAUUCAGAAUCGUAUGCAGGAGGAGCAGGACAGAGAAGAGGGUGCACAGGAGGAGGAGGAGGAGGAAGAUGAUGAUAACAGAGUCCAGGAGAAGGAAGGGGAGCCUACGCCUGAGGAGAAGGCUCUGCUGAGGGAGGAGUUCAUUAGUCAGAUGCAUCAGCGCUUCCUUGACGGCAAAGACAAAGAUUUCAACUACAGUGAGGUGGAUGAGAACCCGGACUAUGACAACUUGGACAUUGUCAGCAGAGAUGCUGAGGAUAAAUACUUUGAUGAUGAUGAUGAGGAGGAGGAGGUUGAAAACGAUGAAGAGGAAGACGAUAUGGAAGACUAGCAGUUGUAGUAAUGUUGAAUUUCUCACAUUGAACUGUAAAUACAUGUACAAAAUGAGGAUAUGUAGUCUAUUUUUCAGUGUUACACGUGAAUGCAAACUGCAUUAAAAUGCUGUUAAUAAAUGUUGCCUGUUGCAAUUUGA